AUGUGGUAAUAACGGAAAAAAGUGAAGAAAAAAGAAGGUUGAAAAGGUUUAUAAGGAGCGGGUGGAAGGGGAAAGUCAGUCAGAUCAGUCCAGCGAUGAGCAAAGUGAUCGUGGUCGGUUCGGCCGGCGCUUUGGCCUGCGUCUUCGUCUCUUUCUACGUGAUGGCCACGUUGCUCAACGACAUCAACGAUCUCCAGACCGAUGUCAAAGACGGCAUGGUCGAAUUCCGGGUAUUUUUAAGCUUACUUUUUCUUCUUUUGCUCUCAUCGAACAUUGUCUUCUAGACUAUCGAGGGGAAAAAUUAGGUUUUGGUAUACAUUAACGUUUCAGAGAUGCAUUCUCGAUUGAAGAUCUUUUUUAAAGUUUUAAAUCUAAAUUUUUUCGUCUUAUCUUUUCACCUUGCAAAAUUUUUAAGAAAUUUUGCCUCCAAGACUCUUCACACCUUGAAGAUAAAAAAUAUCGCGAAGUUUCCAUGAAAAUUUAACUCAAAGUUUUCAUAGCAAAUUGAAGAAAUAACAAGUGAAAAAAGAGCUUCUCAAGGAAAAGUGGCGAUCUCCGAGUUUGCUCUUCUCAACUUACUCUUGUUUCAGGAAAUCUCCGAAGACACCUGGGCCCGCAUAAUCAACAAGCACGUUAAUCCAACCGGAAACACCGAUGCUCCGGCCAACUUCCAGACUCUCUUCGGCGUCCGUCGAUCUCGUCAAUCUGGAUUCCCAGAACAGUGCAAUUGCGGACAGAAGAGCGAGGGAUGUCCAGCCGGACCUCCAGGACCUCCAGGAGAGCCCGGAAACCGUGGAGAGAACGGACCUAAUGGAGAGGACGGAAGACCCGGAGCUCCUGGAGUCGCCAUCGCCAUCACUCACGACAUUCCCGGCGGAUGCAUCAAGGUAAGAUACUCACUCAUUUUAAAAACAGCUUUUGGUUUUUGAUACUUUGAAAAAACUUCAAAUAUUUUCAAUCUUUGAUAUGGAAACACGGUUGACUUCUAUCAAUCUUGAAAAUAGCUGAGAAAAAGAUUCUGGAUGAAGUCGGUUCAAAACCCUUUUUCGGUUCGCAAAACGUUUGAGCUCAAAAAUAUAAUCUUUUCUUUUCAUUUGUAUCAAUUUGGUUGACGACUUUUUUUCCAGUGCCCAGUUGGAAGACCAGGACCCCGUGGACCACCAGGAGAAGUCGGACCAGCCGGAGCUCCAGGAGGACCCGGACGUCGCGGCCCACCAGGAGGAGCUGGAGGACCAGGAGAGCGAGGACCAGCUGGAGAUGGAGGCCGACCAGGAAACGCCGGAAGACCAGGACCACCAGGACCACGCGGAGAACCAGGAACCGAGUAUAAGCCAGGAAACGCCGGACGUCCAGGAGCGCCAGGACCACGAGGACCACCAGGACCUGCCGGAAAUCCAGGAGCUCCAGGAAGCGACGGCGAGUCAGGAAAGGCUGGAAAUCCAGGUCGUCCAGGACAUGUCGGACCAGCUGGAAAGAACGGACAGCGUGGAGGAAAUGGAGCCGAUGCGGAGCCUGGCCACGACGCCGGCUAUUGCCCAUGUCCUGCUCGCUCUUUCAUCCAGUAA